CCACCAUACACUUUCCUAAAACACGGAAGUGGAGGCCGAGUAGAAGUUCUUGGUUUUAUUGGGUCACUGUUCGAGCAUCUGAAAGAAGUUGCCAACUUCACGUCCGACUGUCACCGCGUCAAAGACGGGGGUUUCGGCAUGGUAUCGGACCGGAAAUGGACGGGUAUGGUGAGCGAGGGUCCACCGUGGUGAGGCUGACAUAGCAGUGGCGAACAUUGACCUGACCCUCAAGAGAAGCACCGUGGUGGAUUUUCUCGUUGGCAUCGGUCAAAAUCGAUACGUAGCCUUCAUGAAGCGGCCGGCGAAAGGGGACGAGAUGUGGACGGGUUACACCAAGGAAUUCGAGCCGAGAGUCUGGAUAGUUUUGCCCUUCUUUGUGCUCGCGUCCGUCCUGUGCACCUACUUCGGCUUCCGCUUCCACUACUCAGAGUGCUCCAACCUCGUUUCAGAAGCCGCUAUCACCGUCAUCGGCUUUUUCCUUGGCCAAGGCUCGCCCCUCCUCCCGACGCAGAUAAGCCUGAGAAUCCUAUUCCUGACCAUCCUACUAUUCCACGUGGUCCUCCUGGCUCACUACACCAGCGACCUGGUCUCUAGUCUGGCGGCAGGUCCUUCGCUUUCCAAAGUCUCGAGUCUCCAGGACGUCGUGAAGGACCCCAACCUCCAGCUGGGGUAUAUGAGGGAAACGUCCCUUCACGAUUAUCUGAGGGACUCAUCCGUGGAAGACAUCCGCCAGAUCUGGCAGAACAACCACGACCAGAACUUCGCCAGCUUGACGGGGAGUCUCCAAGAAGGGAUGGAGAGGGUCCUGAAGGGGAACUAUGUCUUCAUGAAGACGGAAAUGGCCAUCCACUACAACUACGGCCAAGACUGCCGUAUCUACAUGCUCCCUUCGACGUACUUCCCUGGGCUGUAUUCCAUAGCCGUGGCUAAAGGGUCGCCCCUCAGACGGGUGUUUGAUAAAAUAAUCCUGGACGCGAGGUCGUCGGGACUCCUGGACAAGUGGAUGCGGGCGGCCGUCCCGAAGCUGGCCAACUGCGGCGCCCUGACCACUUCCGCCAUCGAACUCAACCUCGUGCUGGUCACCUUCUUGGUCCUCGGAACGGCGGUCUUGGCUUCGAUGGGCGUGUUCCUCCUGGAGUAUUGCGUCGCCAUGGGAAGGAGGUCCUUUCGCGGGCAGUCGGGCGACGGUCCUGGUUUCUCACGCAAGAUAAAUAAUUAUACGAUUAGAUGA